GGCGCUGCGUGGGGCUGAGCCGGACGAGACGAGGCCACCCCAUGGGCGGUGCCGGCCUCUGCUCCCGGAAGCGCUCUGUGGUAGCCGGCGGAGCAGCAUGUCUGCCUCUUCCAGAAGGAAGAGCAAGGGGCGGCCGGUCCCGAACAGCGGUGGCAGAGAUGGCUCUCCGCGCGCCGUUCCCCCUGGCGCUGCCGAGGGCGGGCUGCUGGUGCUAGGCGUCUCUGACGCGGUGGAGGCAGGAGAUGAUAAAGUUCCAAAUAUGUUGCGAAGAGCCCUCGCCCAGCUGUCACUGAGCAGCAUGAAGUCUGCAAACAUAUGCAUAGGUCGUCCGGUCUUGAUUACGUCUGCUGAUGGAGGACAGGAGGUCUGUACUGCUUGGCCCACCACAGGCUUUCCAGGCGGGAAAGUCGGGCUGAGUGAAGCCACACAGAAGAACUUGAAAGUAAAUCUGGGUGAUGCUGUCACUGUGCAGCCUGUAAUUGGUGCAGUCAUCCAGGCAGAGGAAAUCAAUGUAAAGCUGAGGGACAAAGAUGCCACCGUUAAUGCUGAGGAAAUGUCUGUCUGUCUACUGAGAAACCUAGAUGGGAAAAUUGUUUUACCAGGAAACCUCUUGGCUUUCACCUUCUAUGGCAGAGUUUGUAACAUUGUGGUGAUGAAAGUGAAAGGAACUGACGGUGCAGAACUGACUGGCAGCACUGUUUCCCGUGGUGUGCAUGAGUCAGAUCUUAAAAGAUCAAAUUUGGACACAAAUAUGUUAGAUUUGUCUUUCCAACUCGGCAAGAUGGACAUUGACAAUAGUCCAGAGGUUGCAUCUAUGAGCACACCAAGCAAACUGAUGGAUCCAAGUUCACCACUUACACCCAGUUCUGCUUUGACAGCCAGUGAUCAAGGCACUGGUCAGGGAGAGAAAACCUGCAGCAAGGGAGAUGGCGCAGACCUUAGUAGUAAUUUGGAGUCGCCUGGGAAAGGAGGCAUUGAUGAACUCCUACUGACUGGCAAAACUGGAGCAAUAAGCAAUGCAGACACUUUUUAUUUCAUUUCUUCAAGAACUAGAAUCAAUUUUAUUGAAACAAGGUCCAAUGCAACAGAUGAUGGUGAUUGUGAAUCCCAAGUCACCUAUGAUAUGAUAGGAGGUCUAAGCAGCCAACUCAGAACUAUUAGAGAAACAGUUGAACUGCCCUUGAAGCAAGCUGAACUGUUCAAGAGUUACGGAAUCCGUCCUCCUAGAGGAGUCCUCCUGUAUGGCCCUCCAGGUACUGGGAAGACUAUGAUUGCCAAAGCAAUUGCAAAUGAGGUUGGCGCUCACGUUACGGUUAUUAAUGGUCCUGAAAUAAUCAGCAAGUUUUAUGGGGAGUCUGAAUCAAGAUUACGUCAGGUAUUUGCUGAAGCUUCCCUGUGUCAGCCCUCCAUUAUAUUUAUAGAUGAGUUGGAUGCACUCUGUCCCAAGAGAGAAGGGGCUCAGAGUGAAGUUGAAAAGAGAGUUGUUGCUUCACUGCUGACGUUAAUGGAUGGUAUUGGCUCAGAGGGCAGUGAAGGACAGCUCUUGGUACUUGGGGCCACUAACCGUCCUCAUGCACUGGAUGCAGCACUGCGCAGACCUGGACGUUUUGAUAAAGAGAUUGAAAUUGGAGUCCCUAAUGCCCAAGACCGUCUGGACAUACUCCAAAAGCUUCUCAAGAAAGUCCCCCAUUCACUCACAGCAGCAGAGUUGGCGCAACUAGCUGAUAGCGCACAUGGUUAUGUGGGUGCAGACUUAGCAGCCUUGUGCAAGGAAGCAGGUUUGUACGCAUUGCGGAGAGCACUGGGGAAAAGACCUAAUGUAUUAGACAACGAGGUGGCUGGGUCAGUGAUGAUUGCUUUCAAUGACUUCCUACAGGGGAUGAAUGAUGUCAGGCCCAGCGCCAUGAGGGAGGUGGCAGUUGAUGUGCCAAAAGUAUCUUGGUCAGACAUAGGAGGACUGGAAGAUGUCAAGCUGAAAUUGAAGCAGGCAGUUGAAUGGCCUCUCAGACAUCCCGACUCCUUCAUCCGAAUGGGGAUUCAGCCUCCGAAAGGUGUGCUGCUUUAUGGACCUCCUGGAUGUUCAAAAACAAUGAUAGCAAAAGCUUUGGCUCAUGAAAGUGGUCUCAACUUCUUGGCGGUGAAGGGACCUGAGCUGAUGAAUAAGUAUGUUGGUGAAUCUGAACGAGCAGUGAGAGAGAUAUUUAGGAAAGCCAGAGCGGUGUCUCCUUCAGUUCUUUUCUUUGAUGAAAUAGAUGCCUUGGCAUUUGAAAGGGGCAACUCUUCAGGUGCUGGAAAUGUAGCAGACCGUGUCUUGGCUCAGUUGUUAACGGAAAUGGAUGGGAUAGAACAGCUGAAGGAUGUGACAAUUUUGGCAGCUACAAACAGACCGGACAUGAUAGACAAGGCCUUGCUGAGACCAGGACGAAUAGAUAGAAUUAUCUAUGUGCCAUUGCCAGAUGCAGCCACUCGCAAGGAGAUCUUCAAACUUCAUUUUCAGUCCAUGCCAGUCAGUGAUGAAGUCUGCUUAGCAGAGCUUGUUCAGCGCACACAGAAGUACUCAGGAGCAGAGAUAACAGCAGUCUGCAGAGAAGCAGCCCUUCUAGCUCUUCAGGAAGACAUACACGCCAAAUCUAUCAUGGGACAGCACUUUCGGAUUUCAGAUGCAUGCCAGGUUCCCACUGAAUGCCAGAAGUAGCAAUCACUACAGAUGGAGCCCCAAAGUCAACAUGGCAGCGGUGGCUCACUAGUGGUGAUUCAGCAGUCUUCUUUGGAUAGCCGGCAGCGAUUGGAUUAUGACAGAGAGAGCCAGCCAGCAACCAUCUUGUCACUGGACCAGAUCAAGGCGAUCAGGAGCAGCAAUGAAUACACUGAAGGUCCAUCUGUGGUGAAAAAGUCUGGUCCACGGACAGCACCGAGGCAAGAGAAGCAUGAAAGGACUCACGAAAUUAUACCGAUUAAUGUGAAUAAUAAUUAUGAACACAGACCCACCCAUGUGGGGCAUGUGGCACAUCAGAAUAACACAAGGGCUCCCAUCUUGAGCAGAUCAACCAGCACAGGGAGUGCAGCCAGCUCUGGGAGCAACAGCAGUGCCUCCUCAGAGCAAGGGCUGCUGGGACGGUCACCUCCAUCCAGGCCAGGGUCAGGCCACAGAUCCGAUCGGACAAUCCGGACGCAGCCCAAGCAGUCAUCUCUAGUUGUAGAUGAUCUGAAGGGUCCUUUGAAAGAGGACUUGACGCAGCACAAGUUUAUCUGCGAACAGUGUGGGAAGUGCAAGUGUGGGGAGUGCACGGCCCCGAGGGCCCUCCCUUCUUGCUUGGCCUGCAACAGACAGUGCUUGUGCUCUGCAGAAAGCAUGGUGGAGUACAGCACCUGCAUGUGUUUGGUCAAAGGGAUCUUUUACCACUGUUCUAAUGACGAUGAAGGGGACUCUUAUGCGGAUAAUCCCUGCUCUUGCUCCCAGUCACACUGCUGUUCUAGGUACCUGUGCAUGGGAGUGAUGUCCUUGUUUCUGCCUUGCUUGCUCUGCUACCCUCCUGGAAAAGGAUGCCUAAAACUCUGUCGGGGGUGUUAUGACCGCAUCAAUCGUCCAGGGUGCCGAUGCAAGAACUCCAACACGGUCUAUUGUAAACUGGAGAGCUGCCCUUCCCGGGGUCAGGGCAAGCCCUCAUGAUUUUUGGAGGGAGGUUUACUUCCUUCAACUUCAGUUUUUCAGGUUGUAGCUGAUUUUUUGUUGUUGUGUUUUUUUUUUUUCCCCUUCUUCCUUUCGCCCCCUCUCAUUUUCAGGGAGGCUGUUCUUUUGCUUCCUUUCUGUCUCCCCAACUUCAACUACACAAGUUCUUCCCUUUGCAUCUUUGCUCUCCUCUUCCUGUUGGCUGUGUGUGGAGCAUUUUACAUAGUCAUUGCUGCUCUUUGGUAAGUGUGGACCUGGAAUCUGCAUCUGCCACUCGCUUUGACAGGGUCUUUUGAGUUUGUAACUAAACCACUCCUGAAAGAGACAGUGAGGGCUCACUGGGCUCUUCAAGUUUCUUGCUCUGUGAAUAUCUUCCCAAAGAUGUUUUUCAUUCUCAGCAGUUAUUUUUAACUUAACCCCCUGGGUAUCAAGGAAGAACAACUUUCAUGGGUGAGCUGAAUUGUGAAAUAAGUUUUGUUUUUUAUGUGUGUCCUGUCUGGAGAGGUAUGUAAAAUAAAGGCUUUUCCAAGUGAAAGGCCUGAUUCUUCUGUAAGCAUGUUUUUUGGUUUGGUUUUGUUGUUUUUUUUUUGCCUUCCCUCCUCUCUUGUCUCAACUUUCAGAACAUUCUUGGUCCUGAGAAUUACCCUGUCUUUUUUUUUUUUAAUACUUUUUCAAUGUAACUUCACUUUUUGCUACACUAUGUAGAUCUUCACAUUGGAGACAUUACAGCUGCAGCAUACUCAUUUGUUUCUUUUGCUGUCAGCUCUUUGAAGGAUAUUGCUCACUCCACCUUCCUGCUCUUUUUUUUUAUAGUCUAUCAGUAUCAAUUGAUAUUAAAUUUGGUGGUGUCUGUGUAUCCAAACAGCCUUCAGGUGCCCUUGAGUCACCUAACUGUUCUUGAAUCCUUCUUGUUUCUUGUCAUCCUUCUGUUUGGUGAAUUUAGCUCUGCUCUGUACUUUAUAAAUUUAUUCUGUCCCUGUUUUAUUGCCUUAGCCACAAAUUGUGGUCCUUUUUUGUAUAUUUUAUGUAUAAAACAAAGUUGAAUCCCAACUAUUUUUAAGACAAAAGUCUGUUAAAACUUUUUUAUUGUAAAGAAUAUUUAUUAUGUGAAUCUCUAUUAUUUUAUGAUAUUUAUUGCAAAAGACUUUGAAAAUGUACUCAUGUCUGAAUAUAACAAAAUAUCAAUACUUAACGAAAUAAGAAUGACACAAAGAAAGUACGUAUGUUAACUAUAAUGCAGAAAAUAUAUUAAUUAAUGAAAA